AUGAGUCCGUACAUUACAUAUUACGCAAACCAGGCUGGUGGAAGAACAGUGGAUCGAUAUAGUGAUUUUGGAAGGGUAUUCGUUGGAAGUCCUUAUCAAAGAGGACAUGGAAUUGGUGCUUUCCUUGGGGGUCUUUUUCGGCGCAUUCUGCCCUAUCUGGGAAGCGCAGCCAGAGCUGUCGGUAAAGAAGCUCUCAAUGCGGGCCAUGGAGAAGAAUAUAUCGAUUUGGCACACAUCAUGAUCAAAGUUCGCGCCAGAAUCCUGAAACCCGAUGGCUCUGCUGUACUCGAGGACUCUGUUGGUCCUGUGAAUAAUUUUUUACAUUCAAUGUUUAACCAAGUGGAUGUAUAUUUCAACCAAAAAGUUGUUACGCCUCCAAAUAAUCUGUACGCCUAUAGAGCAUACAUUGAAACAUUGCUAAACUAUGGAACAGAUGCCAAGUCCUCCCAUCUUGGAAUGUCUCUUUGGGCUACGGAUAGUUAUGGUGCAAUGGAUUCUACUGCUGUAGCUGCGGGUGAUGCGAGAAACAACAAUCGGUUAGCCGCACGUCAGGCCUUUACUAAAGAUGGAAAAGCCUUUGAUCUACUGGGACAUUUACAUUGUGACGUGUUCAAUCAAGAUAAGUUUUUGAUGAAUGGCGUAGAGCUACGCGUUCGUCUUAUCCGUGCAAAGGACGACUUUUGCCUUAUGGACGAUAGUGCCCUGAAUUAUAAGCUGCGUAUAGUAGAAGCCUCCUUGAUUGUUCGUCGUGUCAAACUCAGCCCUGGAAUUUUGAUAGCUCAUGCUAAAACGCUUUUUCAACGGCUCGAGGAAGAAGAAUCCCUUCAACUUUCAAAAUUUUGGGAUAAACUUGUAUGUCUGAAUGUCGAUGGACGUCAAGUACCUACAAAACCUCUGCAGCCAAGUUUCACCUCUGGCGUCUGCCUAGAUGUGGAAGCAUACAACACACUAUUUGCUGCGGAUGAAAAUGGAAGACUACUUAAUGGAUGCGCAGAAUAA